GGGCAGAGCCAUGGUAGAGAGAGGCGGAGUCUGAGCCAUGGCCGGAGUGGGGUGGGGGGAAUGGGCGGAGCCUGCCCCACAUCAGGUCACAUGAUGCAGCGCACAGCCUGCCAAUAUGGCGGUGUGCAUCGCGGUGAUCGCCAAGGAGAAUUACCCUCUGUACAUCCGAAGCACUCCCACAGAGAACGAACUCAAGUUCCACUACAUGGUGCACACGUCUCUGGACGUGGUGGAUGAGAAGAUCUCUGCGAUGGGGAAAGCACUCGUGGACCAGAGGGAGCUGUACCUGGGCCUGCUCUACCCAACCGAGGACUACAAGGUAUACGGCUAUGUGACCAAUUCCAAGGUGAAAUUUGUCAUGGUGGUGGAUUCCUCCAAUACGGCCCUGCGGGACAAUGAGAUCCGCAGUAUGUUCCGGAAGCUGCAUAACUCCUACACAGAUGUGAUGUGCAACCCCUUCUACAACCCGGGAGACCGAAUCCAGUCUAGGUGGGGCCUGCUCUUUGAUAACAUGGUCAUUAGGGGAGUAAGGGAGCCACAAAUGCUGUCCUAAGGCCACUAUUUCAAAGCAGCCAGCCUCGCUUUUCUAAAUUAGCGCUGACACAGACCUCUAGUGUGUACGGGCAGAAGGGCCACAGCUCGCCCAUCUGGUCUCCCAGGUGUGUCUGUGGGUACCUGGGGACCUACAGGAGGCUCAGCAAGGGCCCAUGUUGUGACCAUACCCUUUACGGAGGCCAUGUCCUUCUGUUGUAGCUUGGUGUGCUUUUUGGGUUGGGCUUGGGUGUCUCCGCUCCAGCUGGAUGGACCUCAAGUAGGUGUUUGGUCAGGAGGCAUGGACUUCAUAUGCAGGCACUACAAACCUGCUCCCAGAAUUCUCUUUUUCCAGGACGGUUCCCAAAUUGUUGCUUUCAGUCGCCAGGUGGCACAAGUAGGCCCUUCAGUGGCACCUUCCUUUGGCUGAGUCGUCGAGUGUUUUGGGUCCACCUAGAUCCUAAGACAGAGAACCCAGGUGUCCCUAAGUUGUGCAGGGCAAAGAUAGCACUGCCUGCUCAUUGCUUACCCCUGCCUGCUCCCUGUGGACCUUACCCCGGGAGACAUGCUGGGGAAAAGUCAGUGGAGUAAUAGGCCCGUGGGGGCUGUACAGGGAUCGUGGUGUCAGGAUGUGGGGGUCGCUAUCCAAUAUGGUGGGUAUGCAGUCUGCUUCCCUGAACCCUAGAAAAGCCCCAGGGUCCUGAGGAUCUGGUUGGGCAAGGCCAUAGCCUGUCCUGCUCUAACUGUGGAUUCUCUUCUCAGGGCCUUUGAUACCAUGGUAACUUCGAUGAUGGUCCAGGUGUGCUGACCUCUGCCCCAGCCAUCCGGAAGAGAAGCCGGUGUUCACCCCAGCUGGAUGAUACUUAUUUAUUCCCUUUCUGCUCCCUGAGUGUAACCUGCGGGCAGGGCUUCGUGCCCUGUGCUUUUCUACUAAAGGCCUCACAAGAUGA